AUGGAUCUCUCGCGGCCCGCAUCGUCGGACCUCUCGCUCGGGCUCCACUCUCACGGUCACACCCACGCCCACGCCCACGCCGCUCGCGUGCACGCGGUAGCCGCGCCGCUGCGCCUGUUCGACGACGCGGAAGACGCGAAGCCGGAGCGCGUCGUGGCCGGGGAAGCCGACGCGGAGAGGGAUGACGACGACGGGGGCGACCAGCACUUCUCCCUCCUCGGGCACUCCCUCUGCGUCAAGCGCCCGCGCCGCGCCGUCAACGGCGGUGGGGGCGGGGACGGAGAGACGUCAUCCUGCUCGUCCACGUCCGCGGCGCUGCGCCCCGCCAAGCGGCAGGCGACGGGGGAGGGCAGCGCCGCGGAUCUGGAGACCCGCCGCGCCGCGGUCCGCGCCUGGGGCAACCAGUCGCUGGCGGAGGCCGACCCGGAUGUGCACGCGCUGAUGGAGCAGGAGCUGGACCGCCAGGUGCGAGGCAUCGAGCUCAUAGCGUCGGAGAACUUCGUCUGCCGCGCGGUGCUCGACGCGCUCGGCAGCCACCUCACCAACAAGUACUCCGAGGGGGCCCCGGGUGCUCGCUACUACGGCGGGAAUCAGCACAUCGACGCCAUCGAGCGGCUCUGCCAUGAGCGCGCCCUCACUGCCUUUGGUCUCGACCCUGCCUGCUGGGGCGUCAACGUGCAGCCCUACUCGUGCACGUCUGCCAAUUUGGCUGUCUACACUGGGCUCCUUCAACCCAAGGACCGCAUCAUGGGGCUGGAGCCACCGUCGGGUGGCCAUGUUAGCCAUGGUUACUACACGCCCAGUGGUAAGAAGGUGUCAGGUGCCUCUAUUUUCUUCGAGAGCAUGUCGUACAAGGUGAACCCACAGACUGGGUAUAUUGAUUACGACAAGCUCGAGGAGAGAGCAAUGGAUUUCCACCCGAAAAUUCUCAUCUGUGGUGGGAGCUCUUACCCCAGAGAGUGGGACUUCGCACGGAUGAGAUUGAUCGCUGAUAAGUGUGGUGCAGUGCUUCUUUGCGACAUGGCACAUAUCAGUGGGCUUGUUGCAGCAAAGGAAUGCCGUAGCCCUUUCGAUUACUGUGAUGUUGUUACGUCAACUACUCACAAGAAUCUUAGGGGCCCUAGAGGUGGUAUAAUAUUCUUCAGGAAAGGGAAAAAUUUAAGGAAACGAGCUGGAUCAUUUUCUCAAGGAGAUGAGAAUGAAUACGACUUCGAGGAUAGGAUAAAUUUUGGUGUUUUUCCUUCGCUGCAAGGAGGACCCCAUAAUAAUCAUAUUGCUGCCUUGGCUAUAACUCUGAAGCAGGUAGCAACUCCUGAAUAUAAAGCAUACAUUCAACAAGUCAAGAAAAAUGCUCAGGCUUUGGCAUCAGCUUUGCUUAGAAGAAAAUGCAGAUUGGUUACUGGGGGCACAGAUAAUCACUUAGUACUUUGGGACCUCAGAACUCUUGGCUUGACAGGUAAGAUCUUCGAGAAAGUCUGUGAGGCAUGCCACAUAUCUAUCAACAAGACACCAAUUUAUGGGGAUAACGGCUCGAUAUCGCCUGGUGGUGUGCGGAUUGGAACACCCGCAAUGACUACUAGAGGUUGCUUAGAAGAGGACUUCGACGUGAUUGCAGACUUCCUCAUAAGGGCUACUCAGAUUGCUAGCAAUGUUCUGAAAGAACAUGGCAAAGUGCAAAAGGAGUUUCUAAGAGGCCUACAGAACAAUAAGGAUAUUAUAGAACUCCGAAAUCAGGUUGAGGCAUUUGCGUCACAGUUUGCGAUGCCAGGUUUUGAUGUUUGA